GGGAAGGGGCUGUCGGCGCUGCUCUGGAUACAAAGCAGUCAGCCACGCUCUGGCUUCUUCCUCCCGCACCCCCUUGGCUUCCUCCUCCUCCUCCUCCUCCCUGUUUGCACGCUCCCUCCCUCCCUCUUUCACUCUCUUUCUUUCCCUUAACGCCACGCUGCAGAAACGCAGACCUGGGGAACUGGAGCUCCACAGAGGCAGUGGAGGAGGAAGGAGCUCUCCAAUGCUGCUGCUUUGUGAGUGAAACACAGAGGCAAUGAAGGAGUGUCUUGGUUGCUGCCUGGAUUAAGAAAGAAUACAUUAAAAAUUAAAAAAAAUCUGGACCCAACAAACAAGGAAAAAGGGAGAAGAGAAGGAGGAGGAGGUUGCCGGGGGGAGCCCACUCUGGUGGGUGAACAGCCGCUUUGAAUCGUGCCUCUGUUCUCAGGGAUUAAAGCAUGAAUGGGAGCAGCUUCCCAGCCACGAUGGAGAGAGAAGACGGUUCAGGCUGUGGGAAUAAGCUCCGGGCUGUUGCAGAGAUGUGUGUGCGAUGCAGAGCCCACCGAAGAGAGGUGUCUGCUGAUCCCCGAGUUCCUUCGCAGUACCAUCUCAGAAAUCACGACAGCUGGUGUCCUGCCAAUGCAACACGGAAAGUAGAGUUCAGACUCUCUCCUUCCAUUCCUGCCUUGUGCACUCUACACCGGUGGGCUGGGUUGUCAGGAAAAAUUUGCUUUUCUGCACUGUCUGCCAUCUGGGAGCCCUGUCAAAGCCCAGUGGAUGGGGAUUGAAGGCUAUAGCUCAGCAAACGAAGUCUGCACACAACCCAGAAAGGAGAAAGGGCCAUGGGAUUAGUCUCAGCUGCCUUGCUGGAUGACAUUCUUAAAUUCCCUAGCGCAGUUUUUCCCUCAGAUUCAGCUCCUGAAAGACAAAAGGCAACUAAUCCAGAAGAAAUACCUUAACUCUGCCUCACCUUCCAUUCAGCUGGAAAGAGACCAGGAGGAAAAGGAUGGAUGCCGAGGCUCUGCUCUGGAUUUCAUGAAUGGAUGAACGUAGAGAUGCAAGUGGGGAUUUUGAGGGGAUUUGGAAGCCUGCUCCAGGAUUUGUCUGGCACGCAAAGCAUUUAUAAUACCUCCAGCAUUAUCAUAACAUAAUGCCAGCGUGAUUCAGGGCCCGCUUUGGCUCUUAGCGAAUAAAAAGCAUAACUCCCACCACCAUCUGCAGGAGAGGAAUCCCACUUUUGAUAAGUUGUACUUUUGAAUAGCCCGUACUCUUCUCUUGUCCCGGCGGCACAAAGCGACGGCCAAGAUGCUUUUGUGUGCUGCUGUGAUUGAGUGGGCCUGGUUGCAUAUGUGUGUGGGUGCUGAGCGAGCUGCACAAGUAACGCUGCCUGGGAGCAGCGCACCGUGGCCUCUUGCAGAGAAAUUUGGUGUGACGGUGGAGUGGGUGCUGGGUUACCUCCCCCUGGGCUUGUCUAUAAAUACCACCUGGGUGCUGAAGGCUUCUGCCUAAACUCCUUUCUUUUUUUUUCCCCCAUCUGUUUAGCAGCUUCUAAAGCUAGAGAAGAAAUGUGUACCAACGCAUUCCUCUUAACUCAGGUGGCCCUGUGAGGGUUAGAACUAUACUUAUCAGAGGCUGCAAGUCCAGCUUCUUGGGGAACGAGCCAAAGCCAGCAAGUGCUGGGGAAUGACAUUACUCUGACCACACGGGACCAGACUAGAUGAUCUGCUGUGAUCGUUCUCUCCGAAUCCCAGCGACUCUGUAAACCUGGAGCUGUGCAGAGACACCAGUGGCCCUGCAGUGCUUAUGGCUGGUAAAUGCACGUGAGCUUUUUCCAGCUUUGGCUUGUGUCUUCCCCAUCCAGCCACAAAACAUAGUGCCACUCUUGUACUGAUGCAGCAGUCCUACGGUAGGAAUUAGUGUUCUGGGAACCACUGUCCCAAGGCCCAUCACUACACAGUUGAAACACGUCAUCAUGCUGUACCAUUUUUGGGUGCUCCAGAGCAGGAUUUUGGGCCCUUUUUGUGGUCUUUGUGCUCUGCUCAAUUUUAGAAUGGCCGUGGAUGCUCAAAGCGCAACAAGAGAUGCACUGCGCUUGCAUGUUUCCUGCUGCCUCCUCUCCGUGCCUGCCCAGCCAGCCUUGCCUCUCAUCAGCACUUCUGGAAGGAUUUUCUGUAUGUGCAGACGAGCAACAACGCUGAAAGAAAUCAUUCAUACUGCCUCAUUGGGUGUAGGAUCCAUCAUUCAAUCCGAGGCAGCAAUUACACUGUCCUGAGCAGCCCAGCACUGCCGUGUUCACACUCAGACUUGAUGCAAGGGAAGCAUAACUUUGCUAUUUUGUGCGAGCCCCUGCGUGCCUGCUGUAGCUAAAUGCCUCCCUGAUAUGUGAAUAACUCCACGGGGGCCCGUGACAACGUGCCAGAUAAGUCACUGUCCUCCUGCGGGCACCGCGUUGCUUCCAGUGCCCUCCUUGCCCUGCCAACCCUCUGUCCGUGUGGGGAGCUGUAACUGCAAGCCCAAGGGAAAGGUUGGAGUUUGUGGAGUGUACAGGAGGUUUCCUUCCAAAUGAGUCCCUGAGGUUCCUGCCAGCAGCUCCACUGGUGUCCUGUGGAAUUGCCAUCCUGCUUCUGGUCCCAGCAGCCGAGGCCCCUCCAAACCUGCUUCUGCAAUGGGCUUCGACUCCAAGGAAUACUGCUUGUCGGACCGGGACAUUGUGGAGGUGGUGAGGACAGAAUACGUUUAUACCCGCCCACCCCCGUGGUCAGACACCCUCCCCACCAUCCACGUCAUUACACCCACCUACAGUCGGCCGGUGCAGAAGGCAGAGCUGACGCGCUUGGCCAACACCCUCCUGCACGUGCCCAACCUGCACUGGAUCCUGGUGGAGGACUCGCAGCGGCGCACGCCGCUCAUCACCCGCCUGCUGCGGGACACGGGGCUCAACUACACCCACCUCAACGUGGAGACGCCCCGCAACUACAAGCUGCGGGGAGAUAUGAGGGAUCCACGCAUCCCCCGGGGGACCAUGCAGAGGAACCUGGCCCUGAGGUGGCUGAGAGAGACCUUUAACAAAAAUAACAGCCAGCCUGGGAUUGUUUACUUUGCCGAUGAUGAUAACACCUACAGCCUGGAGCUGUUCGAGGAGAUGCGCAGCACCAGGAAGGUGUCGGUGUGGCCAGUAGCCUUUGUCGGCGGCUUGCGCUACGAGUCCCCCAAGGUGAACGCUGCGGGGAAGGUCUACGGCUGGAAAACGGUGUUCGACCCCCAUCGCCCCUUCGCUAUAGACAUGGCAGGGUUUGCUGUGAACCUCAGGCUGAUUCUCCAGCGAUCUCAGGCUUACUUCAAACUGCGAGGAGUGAAAGGAGGCUACCAGGAGAGCAGCCUGCUCCGGGAACUAGUGACUUUGAAUGACCUUGAGCCGAAAGCUGCCAAUUGCACUAAGAUUUUAGUCUGGCAUACAAGGACGGAAAAGCCUGUGCUGGUGAAUGAGGGGAAGAAAGGAUUCACAGAUCCCAACGUGGAAAUCUGACUGUUCAUGGCUGAGCGGAGACCAACACCAGAUUUCUUUGUGCACAGCCUGCAAAGUUCCUCUCCACAGCAUACAACCAGCCAGACAUGCAGUAGCCAGGACCUCUGCUGACUUCCAAGAGUUUUAGAGUACUGAAAACAAGCAACACUGCAUACAUAAACUACUCAGAUUCCCCUGCCCUUCCUCCUGGACUCUGAGCAGGACCAGACUCUCUGGAGGUGGAGAAAAAGCACAGAAAACACAGGACUGACAUCAAUCAGUACAAGACCAGCUGCCUCGCGACAUGCUCGGUUUGGGAGAAGCGCAUGCAGGGCACGAUGCACUGAAGACACGGCCCAGCUGGAACGGCGGUCUAGACUGAGGGGGCUGUUUUACAGGACCUGAAAGCGAGGGUGAGAACGCCCACAGGAGUGGGUUGGCCCCCGGUGACUUGUUUUUCCUGAGACACACGUACCUUGUGGCUAUGUGUGCGACAGCCUAAGCAGCUCUCUGUUCACGGAGGGGACAGCUGCCUUCUGAGAUGGCACCUUAGCCCUUAAUUUUAAACCUACUUUAAUCAGUGUUUAUUACGCUGCACAAGACAGGAAGGUUUUUGGGGAGGGUGAAAAGCAAGGCAAGUUAGAACAAACCCAUUAAGUAUCUCUGUUCUCUUUGUGUUCCCUCUUCCUUCUUUAGCUUCAUGGUUUGGAGGGCACUGACAUACCUCUGUGUUCCUGGAUGGAGUUAUGUUUACAGCAUGUGGUUCUCUAUUCAUCCAUGCUAAAAUAACUGGAAGUGGAUUUUAAUGAGAUUGUCGUGGCAAUACACCGUAAUACUUCAUCCAGGCUCAGAUCUUGGUUCUGUUUCACUCUAAUUUGGUUCACAUGAGCAUUAGCUGUGGGAUUCUCUGAAGGGCGCUCCAACACAAAGACAAAUUUCCAGUCUUAAAAAAUAAAGUUAGCUGCUUAAAACUAGGGAUUGAAUGAUAAAAGCUGAUUUUGGUGCAUUUACCAUUCUGCUGGAAUAUAUCCUUCAGCCCCAGCCCCUUUUCCAGGGCCAUGCUAAACUCCCGCAGAGCAGUUGGAGAGUUAACUUCGGAUAGAGCAGCACCCUUGUAAAGGGGAUCCUGGGCUUAGUGCUCUGCUUCUUCAGCACCAGGCUUGAGGUAGGUUGAAAAACUAUCGAUGUAGAACAUUAGUCGCCUCUCCCCUGUUCUAUAACAUCAAAGGAGCAAAGCAUCGCACUGAUGAAAGGGUGUUCUCUGAUGAAACUGUGUUUUGCGUCUCAGUGAGACACAAGACUGAGCAGUGCAGAAGAGGAACGUGGGUGCUACUACCUUGGUAGACUCUGUAUUUGAGAUUGACAAACUUGCUGAGGAAGAAAUUGAGGUACAACAUACCCCUCCUCCCCACCUCUCUCUUUACAAAAAACAACUUACCUCCCUGUUCAUAGUUGUUGGCAAACCUUUGAUCAACCCCCGCUGUCCCAAUUCCUUCAACAAAGUCUGAAGCACAAUUUUACCUUGGAAUUGAGGGAAAAUGUAAUCCUGGAAAUAGACUUGGUUAUUUUUAGCCCUAACACAUAGAACUAUUAAAAUGCUCUAGAUUUGAUUGUUAGCUUCACAGUGCAGAAGUCUCCCCUUGGACUAAUGACAUUGUGUAUUCCUAAUAUUUUUUUUUUAAUAUUUUUUGUAAGUUAUUUUCUGCCACUGUAUAUCAAAACCAUUGGGGAAAAGUGCAUUCUUUAGUUCCCAGUCACAGAAGCCUUGCUAUGUAGCCUUUACAAAAAAGCUCCUUUAGAUGCAUUGGCUGAGGCGUUUCUUGGAUAGAAAGCAUUUGAUGCUACUGGCUGCUCUGUGGGAACGGGUAUUGUUAUCUCGUAUUAAAACAGUAUCUCUCUGCA